AAUAAAACAAAGCGAAAUCCUCUGUCGGCCUUCUCUCUGCUUCCUCAAGUCAGUUUAGUUUUUGUUACUGUGAAUUUGUCUCUACAAGGCGAUGAUCGGCGCUCGUAUCGGAGAUUCAUCACAAGAUACACUGGAAUUAGUGGAUGUGAAUAUAGCAGCUGAUGGUAGUACUAGUGAUGUAUCAUGUGAAGAAAGGGGUGUUGAAGAACCUUGUGUGGGUAUGGAGUUUGAAUCUGAGGAUGCUGCUAAGAAAUUCUAUGAUGAAUAUGCACGACAUACAGGAUUCAAAAUGCGUAUCGAUCAGUGUCGUCGUUCAGAAGUUGAUAAAAAAAUUAUAUCUCGCAGACUUUCUUGUAAUAAAGAAGGUUAUUAUACAAAAUCCAAGAACCAAUUUGGGCAUAUAAGGAAACAACAUACGAGUUCAAGACAAGGUUGCAAUGCAAUGAUGCUUGUGAGAGUAAAUAAAUUUGGGAAAUGGGUUGUGACAAAAUUCGAAAAAGACCAUACUCAUCCAUUAGUUUUGUCGACUUGUCUUUCUGUCAACGAAGGGGAUUGUAAAGAAAGGAGAAUCCAAGGAUUGACUGCAGAGUUGAAGCAUCAAGAUGGAUUAAUUAAGUUUUACAGGGAGCAUCUAUGCAUGCUUUUAGGAGAAAUUGAGCAGCAGACAGAAGUUUUGUCAACAAAAAUCCAAGUUGCUGUUAAUAACGUGAGAGAGAUAGAAACAAAAGAGCAGAAACAGUAGAAGUAGCUACAGUUGAACCAUAUAAAUAGGAACAAAAACAUGUAGAUGUACAAAAUAGAAGUUCAAAUUCUACACAAAACCGAGGAUGUUGAAGAUGAUGAUACUGCUUUUAGAAGUAAUGAUCUUUGAUGAUUGAUGCUGAUGUCAAAUUUUGCCAAAGGAAGGGGAUGCAUACAAAAAAUUGUUUGGAUUUUGAGGUUAAUAAGAAAAAUACGAGAAAUGAAGAAAGGUAGUAUACUGUAUAUGUACUCCUUGCAUAUGGAACUUGUAUUAGUUAGUUAGAUCAAGAAACCAUUCAUGGACUUGUUGCAAUUUCAUGGAAAAAUUAUACUACAUCAUUUUAUAUGUUUAACAAUC